AUGCAGCGGAAUAUUACUGUAUUCGACUGCACCACCAUCCAGGAGCUCCUCUACUUUGUUUCCUGGGUCUACACCAACGACGCUGCUUCGCAGCUUGCCCUCGAUGUCGAUUACGCUCCACUGCCGUCAUUUGUGCGGACUCGGUUGAUCGAUUGGCUGGGCGUGGUCCAGUGCAACGGCCAGCGGGCGCACUCGGCGCAGUACCUGGUCGGCACGGGCGCUCCGCUGUCGAUUCACACGGCGUGGUCGGUGGCCUACAGCUCGGCUGCGGUGCGGGUCAAAUACUUCGCCGCCACGGCGAUGCAGGUGAAGGAGAGCAUGCCCGACUUCAUCGGCACGAACUACGCGACCACCCUCAACUUGUCGCUCGCCAUACCCGACAUUGCGAGCAUGCCGGCCACCGCCGUCGCGCUCGCACCCGGUUACAACAUUCCCGAGCUGCAGGACGGCCCGCCACUGCUCCUCGACUACGCAACGAUCGCGGGCAUCCUGCUCCGCAACAUCACGAUGUGGAACGACCAACGCAUCAAGGACGUCAACCCGCAGGCCGUCGCCGACGCCCUGCCGGCGCAGCCCAUCAUCAUGAUCGCACAGGCCAGAAAUUCGUCGGGACCGCCGUUCGGCCCCAUUCAGACCGUAUCCACGGUGCUGAAGCGAAUGGUCCCCGACUACCGCGACGUACGUUCUCCGCUCUUCGCUCUUCGCAGAAGGCGUGUGCUCGGCAAUGUGAAUCUCGACCUCACCGCCCCUAUGUGCUUGCAGGUGAACAUCAGCCAAUUACUGCCGGCGGAGUCGGACCCCGACCACUCGAUUGUCGUUGCCGGUUCUGCGUCAGCGCUGUCGGUGCUGCUCGCCACCCAUUAUUCGUUCGCCUUCAUGCCGUCGUACGAGUUGCUCUCGGCCAGAAUUCGUCGGACCGCCGUUCGGCCCAUUCAGACCGUAUCCACGGUGCUGAAGCGAAUGGUCCCCGACUACCGCGACGUGAACAUCAGCCAAUUACUGCCGGCGGAGUCGGACCCCGACCACUCGAUUGUCGUUGCCGGUUCUGCGUCAGCGCUGUCGGUGCUGCUCGCCACCCAUUAUUCGUUCGCCUUCAUGCCGUCGUACGAGUUGCUCUCGACGCGCGGAUUGAGAGCGGCGUCGAUUCGUAAGGCGUCGGGCUACGCCGCCCAUGCGUCGUCCAAAUCGGUGCAAAGCGCCAUCGAAGACCAAAUCCGCGCCGGGGUCAAGCUUGACGCAGGUCUGGCACACGACAGCCUCAUGAACGCUCCGAACGGCGGCAGUGACGAGAGUUGGCCGUUUACGACCUACAGCUCGUUCCUGUAUCGGUCCAGCUCCAUGCAGGACUGCGCCAAGGCCAGGGCACUCGCCGAUUACCUUUACUGGACACAGACCAACCCCGUGGCCCGGCAGAUCUCCGAGAGGCAAGACUACGCGCUGCUGAAUCAGUUUGCACCGUUGAGCAGACUCUUCUACGGCCUGCUGAAGAACUUCACGUGCAAGGGCAAGCCGGUCAGCGCGCUCUACAACUGUAUCGACGACGGCCAGCUCUGCUCCGGCGUGGGCAUGUGCUCCAAUAACUCGUGCGUGUGCCCGGUGGGCAAAUGCGGCACCUAUUGUCAGGAGGAAUGCACCACCAGCCGAACGACCGACGUCGUACCCAUCAUCCUCGGCGUGGUCAUUCCCGUGUCGGUCCUCCUGCUGGUCCUCAUUCUCACGGUGACGAUUGUAAUGGUGAAGCGGCGGAACAUGGACCGCGACUGGGAGAUCAGCUACGACGAGCUGGACGUACACGAGCAACUCGGGGUCGGGGGCUACGGCGAGGUGUACAAGGCCGUGUGGAAGGGCACCGAGGUGGCGGUGAAGGUGAUCGCGUCGGGCAAGAUCAAUAAGGGGAUGGAGAAUAAUUUCAAGCAGGAGGUCCGACUAAUGACGACGUUGCGGCACCCCAACGUGGUGCUCUUCAUGGCCGCGUCGACCAAAGCGCCGCGAAUGUGCAUCGUGAUGGAGUACAUGUCGCUCGGUUCCCUCUAUGAGCUUCUGCACAACGAGCUGAUUGGUAAGAUCCCAUUCGAGCUGAAGGCCAAGAUGGCCUACCAAGGCGCCAAGGGCAUGCACUUCCUCCACUCCUCCGGAAUUGUGCAUCGGGACCUGAAGUCGCUCAAUCUGCUGUUGGACUCCAAGUGGAACGUCAAGGUGUCCGACUUUGGCCUGACCAAGUUCAAGGAGGACAUGGAGAAGCACCGGCCCAAUCGGAGCGAGUGCGGACUCGCCGGCAGCAUCCAUUGGACGGCGCCCGAGCUCAUCAACCAAUCGCCGUGCGUCGACCUGGCCCUGGCCGACGUCUAUUCGUUCGGCGUCAUCCUGUGGGAGCUGCUCACCAGACAGCAGCCCUACGCCGGCAUGAGCCACGCGGCUGUAGCGGUGGCGGUGAUCAGGGACGGGCUCCGGCCGCGCAUGCCGGACAACGUCGAGGAGCUGUGCACGCUCGAGUACGCCGAGCUCAUCGCGGCCUGCUGGCACCAGGACCCGGCCGUGCGCCCGCCGUUCAUCGAGAUCAUGAGCAGCCUCAGCGCCAUGUUCGAGUGCGGCGACAGCAGCGGCAGCCGAUCGUCCGGCCAACCCUCCGACCUGUCGUCGUGCGCCGUCCAAGCCUCGUCCGGCAUCUUCGACGACGAUGAUGACGAUGCCGACGACGUCGACAAUGACGACAACGAUGUGUACGAUGUCGACGAGCAAGAUGACGACGAAGCAGGUGGCGUCAACGUCGACAGUCGCCUGCCGCAGGAGGCAGCCGUCACGAAGGCCAGGUCGCGGGUGGCGGCCGAACAGCUGCGGGUCUUGAGCGAGGGCGACUGGCCGGAGGAGGGCAAAGGGGCGACGACGACAAAGAAGAAGCAAUCAAAGAGGAAAAUGAAAGGGAAAGGAGAGACAAUGAAGAAGAAGAACGAAAGCCAGGGAAGGGCCGCCCAGCACCUGGUGUCGCCGCCCGAGGGCCCCGACGUGACGGUCGUGUUCGCCGACAUCACGCGCGCGGCCUCGCUCUGGGAAUUCGACCCGGAGGGCAUGCGCGAUGCAACGCUCCUCUACAACGCCACGCUGCGGCGCCUGCUCCACAAGCACUCCGGCUACGAGGCGCUAUCGCGCUGCCACGACAACAACAACACGGGCGAGGGCUCGUUCUGCAUGGCCUUUGCCGAGACGACCGACGCGCUCGAGUGGUGCAUUGCCGUACAGCGCAAGAUGCUCCAGCUCGAGUGGCCCGCUGGACUGCUCGCCCACCCGGGCGCCGCCGAGGAAUGGCACGGCGGGCAAGAUGGGCUGUUGCUGUUCCGGGGCCUGCGGGUGCGGAUGGGGGUGGAUGUAGGCAGCCCGCGGGUGACGGUCGAUCCGACGACGCACCGGGGCGCCUACGCCGGGCCGGUGGUGGAUGGCGCCGCGCGGAUCACAGCCCUGGCCCACGGCGGCCAGAUCCUCCUAAGCAAGCCGGCCCUCAGGCGGGUGGAAGACAGCUGCCUCGCCGGCGAACGCGAUCGCAUCGUGAGCCUCGGCCGCUACAACAUUCCUGGCAUUCCCGAAGAGCAAAAACUGUACGAGCUGACCGUGCGAGGGCUCGAGGUGCGGGUCUUUGGUGAAGUCUUCCAGGGCUGCCUGCCCCCCAAAUCCAAGACGUGUCCAGACAACUAUGGCGACAGCGACGAUGAAGACGAUGACGGAGACGAAGAGGCGCGGGGAAGCAGGGAUCGGCGCGGACGGAAACGGUGCGAGCACGUCGUGUCGGAGGAGGACUGUUUCCUGACGUCGGCCAACCUGUGCCGGUGGGUGAUUGAGGCCGACGACCUGCACCUCGAGGAGAAGGUGGGGAUGGGCUCCUACGGCAUGGUCUACCGCGCCCGGUGGAAGGGCAUCAAUGUGGCCGUGAAGCGGUUCGUCCGGCAGAAGCUCGACGAGCGCCUCAUGCUCGAGUUCCGUGCCGAGGUCGCCCUUCUCUCCGAACUGCACCAUCCCAACAUCGUCCUCUUCAUCGGUGCGUGCGUGAAGAAGCCCAAUCUGUGUCUGGUGACGGAGUUCGUGAAGCAGGGCAGCCUGAAGGACAUCCUGCUCAACCCGACGAUCAAACUGCCGUGGGAGCACAAGCUCAAGCUGCUCCACAGCGCCGCUCUGGGCAUUCACUAUCUCCACUCGCUUCACCCCGUCAUCAUUCACCGCGACCUCAAGUCCUCCAACCUGCUGGUGGACGAGAACUGGAAUGUGAAGGUGUCGGACUUUGGGUUCGCGCGGAUCAAGGACGAGAACCAGACCAUGACCCCACAGACCGGUUCGCCCUGCUGGACCUCCCCCGAGGUGCUCCUCGGCAAACGCUACGACGAGAAGGCCGACGUCUACAGUUAUGGAGUGGUGAUGUGGGAGGUGGUGGCGCGACGACAGCCCUACUGUGGGCGCCACUUCCUGAGCGUGUCCCUCGACGUGAUCGCCGGCAAGCGACCCGCGAUCCCGCCCGACUGCCUGCCCGAGCUGCGCGAGCUCAUCCAGCGGUGCUGGCAAGCCGAGGCCACGGGCCGGCCGGGCAUGGACGAGGUGCUGAUCGCCCUCGAGGCCAUGAUGGCCCUGGUCCAGGGUCGCGGCACGACAAACGCCAACGCGCGGUAUUCGGCUGUUUUGUAA